UAGGCGCUUGAGCCGGACACGGCAGGGCAGCAUGGGGACUCGGAGAAACAGGCUGUUCCCGCCAGACCCGUACUACAUACCCGGGUACAGUGGUUACUGUCCCCAGCUACUCUUCCAGUUCGGCCAUACCUAUGGAACCACGACCUUUAACCUUCUGACCAACCCCAAUGUCCGACACAGCGACAGAUCUGUCCUGGGGCCUCUCAAGUUAGCCGAAUGCAUGGGCCGUCUGAGCAACGGGACACUGCCGCCCUUACCUCAGCCGAAACCGGAGGAGACGAUACCCCCAGAGUUUGCACCCCUCACAGAGGAUCAGCACGGCAGCCGCUUCUCCCGUAAGACGCCCGUGGCCCGGGAGAAGCUCCAGAACCAGCGCCAGGAGCCGCAGAGGAACCGGGACCACCCUGAACCCAAGGGGGAUCACCAGAGACACGAGAGCUUGUUCCUCAACAGGUCUGCACCCCUGCACCCAGCUCCCCACCCCACCACGUGCAGCUUGCCUGGUUCUGACAAAUGGGACCCCCUGCCGUCAGCGGGGGGCAGAGACACCCAGAGGAAAGUCAUCUCAGGUUACACAGGAUUCAUUCCGGCCGUCCGCUGGAGCCUGGCACAGAACUACCGCUCCGCAGUCCGAGAGGCCAUGAGUAACUACAAGUUCAAUCAGUACCUCCUACAAAACCCUGGCAGAGCACAGGAAGAAAAAACAAGGUCCCCAAUCAAAGAGCUUUACAGAAGGACUGGCAUGUUGCCUUGCUACACUGGCUUCAUCCCAGGUGUAAGAUACAAGCAUGGCUUAACCUUUGGCCAGAGUUCAAGAGAGUCAUACUGGGAUCAUCACAAUCCUGACCAGUAAGCACCACUUGGGAAGGGUCUCACAAUCUGCUGUCAAAUGCUCUUAAUUGGAGAUUUCAUCUGUACAUCUUGAGAGCAGAAAACAUUCUGAAAAUAAAAAAAAAAAAA